AUGCGGUCUCGAACCCACUUCUGCUCUCUCCUCUUCCUCUUCCUCCUAGCCGCCUCCCCGUCCCCAGGCAGGGCGGACGACUACGGCCUCGUCGAGGAGGCGGCAACCCCGCCCGCGGCGGAGAAUUGCGACGGCAUCUUCCUCACCUACACCUUCCUUCGCCGCUCCAAGGAGUACCCCCACGUCAAGAACGCGUCUGCUCAGGCGUGGGCCUUCGAGUCCGUGGCCACCCUGCUCAACACUGGCCGGCAGGACCUUCAGGGAUGGAACCUCUUCAUCGGCUUCCAGCACGGCGAGAUCCUCGUCUCGGCCUCCGGCGCCGUCCUCACCGAGGGCCCCGAGUUCCCUGCGCACGUCGGCAACGGGACUGCACUCUCCGGCUUCCCCCAGACCGACCUCAAGAACUCCAUCGACACCGCCGGCGAUAUCAACCAGAUCCAGAUCGAGGUCCAGCUCAAGGGCACCCAGUUCGGCCUCAGAGAUCCCGCCCUCCCCAUGCCCAGAACCCUCAAGCUCCUCAACGAUGGCUACCUCUGCCCCAAACCCACCCGACACGGUCUCUCUCCUCCCCGUCCGUGCAAAGCUCAUCUUCCUCUCUCUCUCUCUCUCUCUCUCUCUCUCUCUCUCUCUCUCUCUCUCUCGCUCUAUAUAUAUAUAUAUAUAUAUAUAUAUAUAUUUCUCUCUAUCCAUCUAUCUAUCUAUCUAGACUGAGACCACCUCUGUCUCUGUCUGUCUCCCUUUCUCUAUCUCUCGCUCUCUCUCUAACUCUCUAUCUAUCUAUCUUGUGGGAGUGAGACUGACUCUCUGUCUCCCUCUCUCUCUCUCUCUCUAUCCGUAUCUGUGUGCGAGUAGGGAGCGUGAUGUAUCUGUGCUGCAGUAGGGACCCCAAGUUCAAGGCGAACAAGAUGGCGGCGACUAAGUUCCUGCCGCGGAGGGCCGGCGACCUCACCAUCGCCUACGACGUCCUUCAGGCCUUCGAAGGCAAGUACCUGGCCCAGGUCACCCUCGACAACUGGAACCCUCUGGGCCGCCUCGACAACUGGAACCUCACCUGGGAGUGGAAGCGAGGCGAGUUCAUCUACAGCAUGAAGGGCGCCUACACCCACCUCAAGGACGCCUCCUCCUGCAUCUACGGCGAGGCCUCCACCUUCUACCAGAGCCUCGACUUCGCCGCCGUCCUCAACUGCCAGCGCCGCCCGGUCAUCGCCGACCUCCCCCCAGAACGCGUCGAUGACGACCAGAUCGGAAAGAUCCCCUUCUGCUGCAAGAACGGCUCCUUACUCCCCCCCACCAUGAAUUCCACCAAGUCCAAAGCCAUCUUCCAGCUCCUCGUCUUCAAGAUCCCCCCGGACAUGAACCGCACAGCUCUCUACCCCCCACAGAACUGGAAGAUCGCCGGCGUCCUCAACCCAGACUACCUCUGCGGGCCGCCGCAAAGGGUCAGCCCCAUGGAGUUCCCGGACCCUUCGGGGUUGGACGCCGUCUCCACCGCCGUCGCGAGCUGGCAGGUGGUCUGCAACAUCACCCGCCCCAAGGCCAAGGCCUCCCGCUGCUGCGUCUCCUUCUCGGCGUACUACAACGACUCCGUCGUGCCGUGCGGCACCUGCGCCUGCGGCUGCGCCGACGGGCUCGUCUGCGACGCCGACGCGCCGCCGCUGCUGCUCCCCUCGGAGGCCCUCCUCGUGCCGUUCAACAACAGGACAGCAAAGGCCAAAGCCUGGGCCAGUAUCAAGCACCGGCCUGUGCCAAACCCUCUCCCCUGCGGGGAUUUCUGCGGGGUCAGCAUCAACUGGCACAUCUACUCCAACUACAGAAAUGGGUGGACGGCGAGGAUCACCAUCUUCAACUGGGAGGGGUACACAUUCAAGGACUGGUUCGCCGCCGUCCAGCUCCGGCGGGCCUUCCAGGGUUACGAGCGCGUCUACUCCUUCAACGGGACGAAGCUGCCGGAGCUGCACAACACCCUGUUCUUCGAAGGGCUCCCGGGGUUGAACUAUCUGAUGCCAUUAUCAGAGGACAAGGACCAGUCCGGUGGGUCGAGAGUGCCCGGGAAGCAGCAAUCGGUGAUCUCUUUCACCAAGAAGCUCACCCCCGGGAUAGACAUAGAGGCCGGAGAUGGGUUCCCUUCUAGGGUUUACUUCAAUGGCGAGGAGUGCGCUCUACCCACCGACAUACCGAGAGCAGAUGCAGGUCGGGGCCAUUGCGGCCUCUCUGUCGUGGUUUCGCUCACGGUGAUGGCCGUGUUGUUGUUGACCGUGGAUGGCCUCUUCUUCUUCUGA